CUCUGUACUGCCCUUCCUCUUCUCCGGAGAUCUUGUAUUUCUACAUGCUGCGUACGGCUUUCAGGAUAUUUUGAUAUUGUCCCAGGUCCAGGAUGAGCAUUAUAACCCCCAGCGAUGAUGAUGAGACCCGGCAGUUUCUCCAGCAGCUUUGUCAGUAUGAAUAUCACGUCCUGAAGAUGACAUAUGAAUAUUUCCGAGAUGACCUGCUCUACAUUGUGGAGAAUAUGAGUCUUCCACUACUUCUGAAUGAACUGUGUUCCCGAAAUUUCCAUGAUGUUGAGAAAUACUGGAGUCUAGAAAAUGAUAAAAAAACAUUUGCCCGGACUUUACUACAGGAUAUAUAUAACCUAGGAAGAGAAAUUGUGAUAGGACUGUGGGUCAGUCUAUAUGUAUUACGGAAGGAUCAUGGUACCCCCGGCCUGGAGGCUGUACUGGAGGAACUCCAUCAUAGAGGUGACACUCUGGUGGGUGAUAUCCUACUGGAUGAACAUGGACACCUACUUCUCCCACAACUCAAGGAAUUCCAGAUCCGUCACAAGAAUAAUUUAUAUGAAAAAACUGAGAAACUUAUAGAGAACAAACCUCCAAGAUGUGACCAGCAAGAGGAAAGUUUUGCAUUCUCCACACGUUAUGUCAACCUCAUCAUUGUCUCCACACAACAAUUUAGAGAACGCUCUGAGAAUGAGCUCAUAAAGACCGGUGUAAAACAUGAGGAAUACUUAAAGAAAAAACAAAAUGAAUUACAGCGCAUUUCUUCCAACAAACUGUUCCGCUGGUGCCACAGAUCCAGACUUGUGCCACGUAUGGUAAUGGUGAGCGGAGUGCCCGGUGUAGGGAAGACCACACUGAUGCAGAAGGUUGUCUAUGACUGGGUGAAGAGGGAUCUUUAUCAAAGAUUCUCCUUUGUCUUCUUCUUCAAAUUCCGAGAACUCAACAGACUAGAUAAGGUUAGUCUGGAGGACAUGAUCCUUCAUCAGUACCCAUAUCUGGAGGAGCAGCUUGAGAACAUCUUACAGGAUCCAGAAAAACUUCUCUUUAUAUUUGAUGGUUUAGAUGAAAGCAUUCAUAACAUGGAUUUCACAUCACGCCACUUGUGCUCUAAUCCUAAACAGCCCGAACUUUGUGGUAAGAUUUUUGUCAGUUUGGUGAGAAAGUCUCUUCUUGAUGGUUGUUCUGUACUAAUGACCAGUCGCCCAACCAGACUGGCAUCAAUUGAUUGUAGAGUUUUCCAGAGAAUAGUAGAAAUCAUUGGGUUUUUACCAGAAGAACGACGGAUGUACUUUGAAAAUUUCUUCCCCAACCAAGAACUGGCCGAAAAGGCUUUUAAUUAUGUGAAGCAGAAUGACACCCUGUACACCUUCUGUUAUAUCCCGUCCUACUGCUGGAUCAUCUGUACUGUAUUAUCCAAGAGCUUCCAGCCAACAAGUAGUGAUCAGCCGGCGUCAUUAUUACCCAAAACCGUCACCCAGCUCUUUGCGAUAUUUGUCGCCAACAUCCUGUUCAAUCACACCCUGCACAAAAGUGACGCCCAGAAGAUCCUGCAGUCCAUCGGAUGGAUGGCAGAACAUGGAGUUAUGAAUCACAGGCUUAUCUUUGAGGAACGAGAUCUGGACUGUUUCCAUGUGGACAAUAGGUCAAAACUCUUAUCAAGUUUUCUGAUGGAAUCAGAGGAACCUGUGUCCUAUUCCUUCUUACAUCUCACUGUUCAGGAAUUCUUGUCUGCCUUGGUGCAUUAUGUGGAUUAUUCUCCUGAGAAGUUACAGAAAUCACUAAAUAAAGCCAAAUCCUAUCCUGAUGGACGAGGUGAAAUAUCCCUCCGUUUCCUGUGUGGUCUAUCAGAUGGCUCCACCAGGUCAAUGCUAACUGGAUACCUGGACAGACAAGCAGUUCAGGCCUCCACAGAUGUAAUCACUUGGCUGAAGGACUUCAUUCUAGAAGAACAUAGACUGAUGGAAAGUGAGGAUAACAAGCGAAGUCUUCUAAGUACAUUCUUCUAUCUGUUUGAAACCCGGAAUAAGGCUCUGGUGCUGGAAUCAUUAAAAUCACACGGAAGUCUUGACCUUUCUGGUAUUCACAUGUCAGCUCUAGACUGCACAGUGUUAACAUUUAUUCUGGACACCUGCAAAAACAUAGAGGAACUCAAACUACAUAACUGUUUCUUAAAGACAGAAGGAUUAGAAAGACUUGCUCCAGUUUUACAUAACCUGCAGAAUUUAAGUUUGGUUAAUAAUGAUCUACCAGACACUUCCUGCAUCCAGUUGGCAUCUGUAAUAAGGAAUAACCAGUCCCUGAAGAUACUUGUCCUAUCUAGUAACCAUCUGUAUGGUCCUAACUUCAGUGACUUGAUGGAGGCUCUGUCCAGUCCAGCCUGCAGGAUAGAGCAUUUAGAUUUGGGUCUUAAUGGUCUACCAGACACUUCCUGCAUCCAAUUGGCAUCUGUAAUAAGGAACAACCAGUCCCUAAAGAGACUUGACCUGUCUGGUAACUCUCUAUCUGGUCCUCACUUCAGUGACUUGAUGAAAGCUCUGUCCAGUCCAGGCUGCAGGAUAGAGGCAUUACAUUUGGGUGAUAAUAAACUACCAGACACUUCCUGCAUCCCGUUAGCAUCUGUAAUAAAGAAUAACCAGUCCCUGAAGAUUCUUACUCUGUCUGGUAACCUUUUGUCUGGUCCUCACUUCAGUGACUUGAUGGAAGCUCUGUCUAGUCCAGCCUGCAGGAUAGAGGAAUUACAUUUAGCUGAGAAUGAUUUACCAGAGAUUUCCUGUCUGCAGUUGGCAUCUGGAAUAAGGGAUAACCAGUCCCUGAAGAUACUUGACCUGAAUGAUAACAGUCUAUCAGGUCCUCACUUCAGUAUCUUGAUGGAGGUUCUGUCCAGUCCAGGCUGCAGGAUAGAGGAAUUACAUUUGGCUAAUAAUGAUCUACCAGACACUUCCUGCAUCCAAUUGGCAUCUGUAAUAAGGAAUAACCAGUCCCUGAAGAUACUUGUCCUGUCUGGUAACUGUCUGUCUGGUCCUCACUUCAGUGACUUGAUGGAGGCUCUGUCCAGUCCGGCCUGCAGGAUAGAGGAAUUAGAUUUGGCUAAUAAUGAUAUAUCGGACACUUCCUGCAUCCUUUUAGCAUCUGUAUUAAUGAAUAACCAGUCCCUGAAGAUACUUGACCUGUCUGGAAAUCCUCUGACUGGUCCUUAUGGCACCGACCUGAUGAAGGCUCUUUCCAGUCCAGCCUGCAGAAUAGAGGAAUUACGGAUAUGGGGCAAUGAAUGGUCUGAAGAGGAGGAGGAAGCCAUAAGAAACAUGGAAAGUCUGAAACCAAAUAUGAAGAUAUCUUACUGAACAGACAAGAAGCCGGACUCCUAUCUUUGAAUAGAGGAUAACAGGACUUUUGAUGGUGAAGACUUGUUCAGAGGCCUGGUAAAAAGGGAAAGUAUCAUCCGAAAAUUAGCUGUUUAACCACUCCCUGACAUGGCGACUUUCUGUUUUUGCAUUUUCAUUUGUUAUUUCCUGCCUUCCUGAAGCUAUAAUCACAGC